GCCCCCCGUUGAUGGCGGAGCGUCAGGACAGGUGAGAGGUAACAAGUUGAGAGGUCGUGUGCAGUUGACCAAGUCUGCAGAAAUCUCGCUCCCCUCACGGAGGCUUUGCUGCUGCCUCUCCUUCUCGGUAUGAACAGCCGACACAGCAGGAAAACCUGACCGGGUGCGAAGCUGCGUGCAGUCGCGCUGCUGUGGGGGAGAUUCGCACGCUAGCUGCGGUUAGCAACCUGCUAGCUUCUGCUAUGGCGCAAGUAAGUUGCUGCAGCUAAUUUGGGUCCUGGCGUGACUGGCACUCCUGAAAUUAAACAGCGGCUGCGUGGGAUAAAACGCUAAAGAUGGCUGUGUCGGUGCGGGGCCUCUACUUCAUUAUAACACUAUUUUUAGGCAGUUUCUUUGGAAGCGUCGUCAUGCUGGGUCCAUUUCUGCCGCUCAUGCUGUUAUCUCCCGCUUGGUACCGCUGGAUCACGGAUCGAAUCGUUGCUACCUGGCUCACCCUGCCUGUGUCUUUGCUAGAGUUGGUGUUUGGGGUGAAGGUGGUGAUCACAGGGGAUGGCUUCAUUCCUGGGGAGCGGAGUGUGAUCAUCAUGAACCACCGCACCCGUCUGGACUGGAUGUUCCUCUGGUGUUGCCUGCUCAGGUACAGCUACCUUCGCUUGGAAAAGAUCUGCCUCAAGGCUGCUCUCAAGGCCGUGCCCGGCUUCGGUUGGGCAAUGCAGGUGGCCUGUUUUGUUUUCAUCCAGCGUCGCUGGGAGAUGGACAAGAAACAUUUGGAAAACAUGCUGGACUACUUCUGUGACAUCAGAGAGCCCCUACAGCUUUUAUUGUUCCCCGAGGGGACGGACCUCACAGAGAACACACGAGCAAAGAGCGACGCGUUCGCUGCGCUGAACAACCUCCCAAAGAUGGAAUAUGUGCUUCAUCCCCGCUCCACCGGCUUCACCUUCAUCGUGGACAGACUGAGAAAAGGAGACAACCUGGAUGCGGUCCACGAUAUAACAGUGGCAUACCCCAAGAACAUCCCUCAGACAGAACGUCACCUCAUUCUGGGGCAGUUCCCGCGCGAGAUCCACUUUCACGUCCGCCGCUAUCCGGUUUCUUCGCUCCCCUCUUCGUCUUCGGAGUUGGAGUCUUGGUGUCGAGCGCGGUGGGCUGAGAAGGAGAUCCGUCUGCGGGACUUCUACUCGGGCCAGCCCCGGGCCUUCGACAGGGAAGGCGUAGCCCGAGUGCCGCCCUGUAAGUCGGAGAUGCGAGUGGCUCUGAUCAAAGCCGCCUCGCUGCUGUACUGGAGCAGCUUUAUCGCGUUCUGCUUCACAGGCCUGUGGCUCUGGUCUUCGUUCAGGCUCUACGUCCUGGUUAUGGUUGUAGUGUACACCGUCCAGCAGAAGCUGGCUGGAGGACUGGAGCUGCUGGAGUUGGCGUGCCAUCAAUACUGGAAGGCCAAGUGUGAGAAGGAAAAAGCGCCGGACAGGAAGACGCAGUAGGGAAGGGAAAAACUCUUUUAGCAGGGAAAACAAGUUUUUCCCCAAUAACCAGCAAAGGCGUUUAAAGUAGAUGGGUGGUGUUGACCUGGCGUGAUCAGAAGCCUUUCUGCCUCGGAGAGCAACAAGUGCAUCUUCAGGGUGCAUGUCUGGCUUCAGUGGAGAGAUUACCUUUCUGGCAAAGAAUAAAAAGAGGAAUGUUGAGUAUAAUUAUCCUUGCUGGGUUCAAGGAAUUCAUCACAUGUGAUGUUCCGCUUGACCGAUGUGCAGUCAGGGUGAGAAGAAAGUGCACCCUCUGUUAGUUGGAGAGUUUGAACCCCUCAAAUGUUUUGACCUCCAGCAGAAUCUAAAAUGAUUUGAAUCUAACUUCAGGUGUAGAAAACCACAGACUCCAGCAUGUCAUCCCUAGUUUUAAUGACAAAGCUGAGAAUCUGAAUGGGGUGUACUUUCUUUUCACCGUGACUGGAUGUUACCAAAUCUGCACAAUCCUUGUUCAUUAUCGCUGUUGAUGUGUUUUACCAGUUUUAUGUCGUCUGUGUUUUAAACUGGGUUACUUAGGGUCUGUAAUGAAACGCUGCGGUUGAUAUUUGUUAUAUUGCCAUUUCUGCGUUUCGUUGUCUGCGGUGUUGCCAUUGGGUUUUAUCUCAUGAAUGGAGCUGAGUCACAUUACAGGCCAUCUGUGUUUGCGUACGUAUGGCGACUUGAAUCAAACCAACAUUCAAAAAAAAGCACUUGUGAUACAACUUAUUCUCUAUAUAACAAGAAAAGCAAUGGUUUAAUUCCAGCAGAAUCAUAUACAUUUAAAGUUGUCAACAUUUAUUGGGUAUACAGUUCCUUGCGGUCUUCAUGCCAUUUCAACCUUUUUUAUUUCACAUUACCUCAAAUUUCAAGUAGGUAGGAUUUAUUUGUGAAAGACUAACAGAGUCGCACCCCGGGUUUAAUUCAUCCCUCCCAGUCUGUCUGCAAAGGCAGUGUGGGCUACAUUUCAUCACCUGUUUCCACCCACUGGGAGGGCGCCGGGCUGCUCUGGCCCACAGCAACCACACCUCUACCAUUCAAAAGGUGGCACCAAACACACAGCAGAUGAAAAAGAAACUCUUUCUGCUUUAGAUCUGCUGCCCAACACCCAGAUGAGGAUGAAUUGAUUUCUCAAAUCGCGUUUCUCUGAGUAGUGAUGUGUGGUUUAAAAGGCCUCUGCUUGUUUGCGAGGUCCAAGCAGUUUGCUUAUUUGCUACUUAUCUUUUCAACUUUCCUCAAAUUCAUACUUGGUUUGCUAUAAACCACUAAAUUGUAGCUCUGUAUAGUUCAGGUCGUUGUCCUGCUGGAAGGUAAGCCUCCGCCCCACUCAGGUUUUGUGCAGCUUCCAGCAGGAUCUUCCAGAAUUGCCCUGUAUUUGGCUCCAUCCAUCUCCCCAUCGACUGACCAGCUUCCCCUCAGCAGGAUGCUGCCACCACCGUGUUUCACCAACAAGAGCUCCCUCCUUCCUCCCCGAGUGCUAACUAAUAGUUGUCCGCGGGCCGACGCUCUCCUUGCCCGGCCCAUCGUUGUAGAGAGACGGCAGUUCCUACGCAGGUGUGCCACACUCUUUCAGUUUGAAGACGAUGGGUCGAAACUCAAUGCCAUGAAAUGGUUAAAGCUCAGGAUUUAUAGCGAGAGUAAAUGACAUACAGGCUGUUGGUUGCAUUGGGUUUUAUUUACAUGUAUCCCAGAGACUUUGUGUUAGAUAUUGCUUUAAAAGCUGUCAAACCAUAUACCAUUCAUCCUCUUCAUAAAUAUGCACUACUUUAUGUUGGUCUGUCAUAUCAAAUCCUAACACAUUACGUUGUUGAACAGUACCAGGGGUAUGAGUACUCUCACAAGGCACUGUAAUUACCCUGUUAGACCACUAUUAGCUCGUACAGGAGAGCCUGUAGAAGUCCUAAUUGCUCUAGUAGGUUUUGCACUGAAAAGCCAAAGAUUAGAAAAGGAUAAAUGACGCGAAGGAAAAACAAACCAAACAAAAUGUGGUAUUUCUUGUCUAGGAGGACGAGCCUCACAAAACGCAGGCCAAGCUGCAGCUCGCUCGUAUUAUCAAAUCAACAAUCCCCCGUCCCAGUGGUUGUAAAAGCGUAGGAGUUUUAAGCCCUUUCCCUGGGAUUGAAGCGAUGCCUUGUUCAGGCAGGUUCUGGGGUGGAGGAAUGUCCUGUUGAGGCAACAUUACCCCUCGACUUGCAGAGCGGCCCAGAGAACCAGACUUGGAGUGGAAAAACGGCCCUGAGGUCAGCCUAAUCCAAAAAAGCCCCGCGAUGCCCACCUUUGCAUGUGUCCCUCUCCGCUGGACCGGCGUCGAUGCGCCUGCUAAACCCAAUUAGCGAGUGACAGCUGAGAAAGCUGCUGUAUUUAUGCCAAAAAAGGACUGAAACUAAAACCAGUUCGGAGCAAGUGCUUCAUCCGCACUCGCCUUGUUUCACAGCGCGGGAGCAGCUCUCCUUAGGUAGCCGUUCAUGGAAACGUCUGUGCAGCGUGUAUCCACCAUGCGACUGUCUUCUUUUAUCUGGAGUUUUUUUAUUUAAGCGCUAAAAAGGGUUGGUUCUAUCACUGUGAUGCAGCUGUGUUAGCAAUUUUGUUAUCCACACGUUUUAUAUGGUUGUAUGGUAUUUAUAUGGUUCUAUAUCUGUUUUAGUUUAUACCUCCGAGCCAGGCUCGGUGUCCAAACAUUUGUGUUAUGUUGUCUGUUUUACAAUUACAUGCUGAUGGUGGACUUCAAAGAAGUCCCUGUCCUCAGGAAAACAGCAUGGACACCAUGUAAAGGCAGUCCUCUAAAGAAAAAGAAAUGUAUCCCAAUAAAUCUACUCUAUCACCUCA